AUGAUCGCCUCGCAUCUGCUCGCCUACUUCUUCACCGAGCUCAACCAUGACCAAGUGCAGAAGGUCGACCAGUAUCUCUACGACAUGCGUCUCUCGGACGAGACCCUUCUGGACAUCUCCCAGCGGUUCCGCAAGGAGAUGGAGAAGGGGCUUGGAGCCACCACCCACCCCACUGCCUCGGUGAAGAUGCUCCCCACCUUUGUGAGGUCCACUCCGGAUGGGACAGAACACGGGGAGUUCCUGGCCCUGGACCUCGGGGGGACCAACUUCCGUGUGCUCUGGGUGCGAGUGACGGACAACGGCCUCCAGAAGGUUGAGAUGGAGAACCAGAUCUACGCCAUCCCCGAGGACAUCAUGCGCGGCAGUGGCACCCAGCUGUUUGACCACAUCGCCGAAUGCCUGGCGAACUUCAUGGACAAGCUACAAAUCAAAGACAAGAAGCUCCCCUUGGGUUUUACCUUCUCAUUCCCCUGCCACCAGACUAAACUAGACGAGAGUUUCCUGGUCUCGUGGACCAAAGGGUUCAAGUCCAGUGGUGUGGAAGGCAGAGAUGUGGUGGCUCUGAUCCGGAAGGCCAUCAAAAGGAGAGGGGACUUUGAUAUUGAUAUUGUGGCUGUGGUGAACGACACGGUGGGGACCAUGAUGACGUGUGGCUACGACGACCAAAACUGCGAGAUCGGGCUCAUUGUGGGCACGGGCAGCAAUGCCUGUUACAUGGAGGAGAUGCGCCACAUCGACAUGGUGGAGGGCGACGAGGGGCGCAUGUGCGUCAACAUGGAGUGGGGGGCUUUUGGGGACGACGGCACGCUCGAUGACAUCCGCACUGACUUUGACCGGGAAAUCGACAUGGGCUCGCUGAACCCCGGGAAGCAACUAUUUGAGAAGAUGAUCAGUGGGAUGUACAUGGGGGAGCUUGUGAGGCUCAUUCUGGUGAAGAUGGCCAAGGAGGAGCUGCUCUUUGGGGGGAAGCUCAGCCCAGAGCUCCUGACCACGGGCCGCUUCGAGACCAAAGAUGUUUCAGAUAUUGAAGGGGAGAAGGACGGCAUCCGGAAGGCCCGCGAGGUCCUCACGCGGCUGGGCCUGGAGCCGGCGCAGGAGGACUGUGUGGCCGCUCACCGCAUUUGCCAGAUCGUGUCCACGCGCUCCGCCAGCCUGUGCGCGGCCACGCUGGCCGCCGUGCUGCGGCGCAUCAAGGAGAACAAGAACGAGGAGCGGCUGCGCUCCACCAUCGGGGUUGACGGCUCCGUCUACAAGAAGCACCCCCACUUCGCCAAGCGGCUUCACAAGACCGUGCGGCGCCUGGUGCCGGACUGCGACAUCCGCUUCCUCCGCUCCGAGGAUGGCAGCGGCAAGGGGGCAGCCAUGGUGACGGCCGUGGCCUACCGGCUGGCCGACCAGCACCGGGCCCGUCAGAAGACCCUGGAGCCCCUGCAGCUGAGCCACGAGCAGCUGCUGGAGGUCAAGAGGAGGAUGAAGGUGGAAAUGGAGCGAGGCCUGAGCAAGGAGACUCACACCAGCGCGCCCGUGAAGAUGCUGCCCACCUAUGUGUGUGCCACCCCCGAUGGCACGGAAAAGGGUGACUUCCUGGCCUUGGACCUCGGGGGAACGAAUUUCCGGGUCCUGCUGGUGCGUGUGCGGAACGGGAAGCGGCGUGGGGUGGAGAUGCACAAGAUCUAUUCCAUCCCACAGGAGGUCAUGCACGGCACCGGGGAUGAGCUCUUCGACCACAUUGUCCAGUGCAUCGCUGACUUCCUGGAGUACAUGGGCAUGAAGGGCGUGUCCCUGCCUCUGGGUUUCACGUUCUCCUUCCCCUGCCAGCAGAACAGCCUGGAUGAGAGCAUCCUCCUCAAGUGGACAAAGGGCUUCAAGGCGUCCGGCUGUGAGGGCGAGGACGUGGUCACCCUGUUGAAGGAAGCGAUUCACCGGCGAGAGGAGUUUGACCUGGACGUGGUUGCUGUGGUGAACGACACGGUAGGAACCAUGAUGACCUGCGGCUACGAAGACCCUGACUGUGAAGUCGGUCUCAUCGUCGGCACGGGCAGCAAUGCCUGCUACAUGGAGGAGAUGCGGAACGUGGAGCUGGUGGAAGGGGAGGAGGGGCGCAUGUGCAUCAACAUGGAGUGGGGGGCCUUUGGGGACAACGGAUGCCUCGAUGACUUCCGCACUGAAUUCGAUGUGGCUGUGGACAAGCUUUCCCUCAACCCCGGCAAGCAGAGGUUCGAGAAGAUGAUCAGCGGCAUGUACUUGGGUGAGAUCGUCCGAAACAUCCUGAUCGAUUUCACCAAGCGCGGGCUGCUCUUCCGCGGCCGCAUCUCGGAGCGACUCAAGACAAGGGGCAUCUUUCAGACCAAGUUCCUGUCCCAGAUUGAGAGCGACUGCCUGGCCCUGCUGCAGGUGCGGGCUAUCCUACAGCACCUGGGGCUCGAGAGCACCUGCGACGACAGUAUCAUCGUCAAGGAGGUGUGCACCGUGGUGGCCCGGCGGGCAGCCCAGCUCUGUGGCGCGGGCAUGGCAGCCGUGGUGGACAAGAUACGAGAAAACCGCAGGCUGGACACCCUCAAAGUAACCGUGGGUGUGGACGGGACCCUCUACAAGCUCCAUCCGCACUUUGCCAAAGUCAUGCACGAGACGGUGAAGGACCUGGCUCCGAAAUGCAACGUGUCUUUCUUGGAGUCGGAGGAUGGCAGUGGAAAGGGGGCAGCUCUCAUCACCGCCGUGGCCUGCCGCAUCCGCGAGGCCGGGCAGCGGUAGAACCCCUGGCCCCUGAUUAGGGGUUUCCUCGGGCUCCCCUCCAGCUCUGUUUCAGUUUUAAAUUAUAAGAUGCCACCCCCUCAUGUCAGAACAGACACCCUUGGCUUUUCCUUGGUGGAGAGGACCCUGCCAGGCUGGGUUUUGUCUCUCCCACUUCAGGACUGGGUGCCCCUGUCCUCACCUUCCCAAACUGAGACAAUUUGAAGUCAGGAUGUGUUUACAGUCUUCCCUUCGGUCCUCUUACGACUUCUAAAAAAAUUUUAACUUUAGUAACAUCCCUGGCAAAAAUGAAGGCACUGAUGCAAAAACACGGUUGAUCCCGCUAGAGCGUGAACUUGAUGUUUCCAGGUGGGACAAACCCCGACAUGGUUGCUGAUCAUCCAUUCCCACCUAAGCCUGACCCUCCUGCAGGCUGAACCUUGCGGGGUGGUGGCGGCAGGGGAGGGGCAUCCGCAGAUACCAGUGUGGGCGCCUCCCCCUUAACCUCAUUACAAACAGUUGCCCCAUGGCUUCCCUGCACUCCCAGGCUCCAGAUCCGAGGUGGGUGAGCGAAACCAAAGCCAAGAGUUGACUUGUUCUGCACACGGGCUGCUUGUUGCGUCUCCCGGUGGAUGCAUGGGAUUGUCCAGGAGCUGUGGAUUUUGGGGGGCAGAGUGGGCUUUUUUUUGUUUUGUUUGUUGUUUAAAUUUUUCUUGCAGAAGUGGUAUAACACUGUAUUUUCCUUUUAAUUUAUGUUUGAAACGUUACUUAGUUCCUGAAGUAGGUCUGCUCCUUCAUCUCGACACGGUACGCAAUGGUCAGUUGUAUGUAAAGUAUUUAUAUGUUAACUCGUUCUGUGUAUAGACAGAUGGACAAGGUGUCCUCAGACUGGGCCUUCUUGGUAGAUCUGUGGUCACAGGAUGGAAGAGGACACUGGCUGGUUGCUAUAAAUACCUCAUUCGCCUGUGGGGAAGAGAAGGGAAACCUCUUCAGGGUGAGUGAAUCUCAAAGCAGCUCGUUCCGGCUCCUCCUCCCCGUGGACUCGGGAAGACGGACAGAGCCACGGAGGCUGGGCUGCAGGCUGAGGACACACGGCGACUUGCUGCUCUUUCUAGAGACCCCUGGGGCAAUACUGCUUACGAUGUAACCAAAGGAACCAGGAAUCACUUCCAGUGGGCUCAUUUCUUAGAAAUCUUGAUUCUCCUCUUAGGGCAGGCCAUUGUGUUCUGAAGCUCUCUGGCAAGUUCAAAGAAGCCACCAAAUAUAUAUAUUUUAAUUGCAUCUAAUUGCUCAAUUACAAACUAAAACAGAACAAUUAAACAAACAAAUGAAACCUCAGGGACGACAUUUUUUUUUCUGGCCUAUUCAUGCCCUCCUAGCAAAUUUUACUUUGGGUUUGUUUUGAAAAUGGUUUACAACAAGUGGUGUCUGUGUACUUAUCCCAGCCAAGCCGGUGUUUGGCCUGCGGAUCCCUUUGUGUGUUUUUAUACACAGGAUUUAAUUCAAUCUCUACCCUCCAUGACCUGUUCAGGAGCCCAGUUAGUUCUGAAUCUGAAAUCUCACUUCUGCCCUACAAUACAUACACCCACAACCUACACCCACAUUAGACCUGAAUACCACAUGAAAAAGAGGGACUGACCUUGAAUAGGAUACUAGAAUCAAAGCAAAGAGGAAAGGAACUCAUAACUCUGUCGCACCCAAUUUUUGCGCAUUUAUUGGACACACUGAGAGCAGUGUCAUUUUGGGACCUAAGUGGGAACGAGGUGCAGUAACCAGGCUUUCCCGGACCCCCAGGGACACACAGAGGAGGGACGAGGGGUUGGGCCUUCUCACUUGUCCCAGCCUCACUAAGUCUGUCUCUGCUGUACUCCCCCAACCCCUCUCCCCCCAUCCCACUGUCUCCCAUCCACACUAAUUGAUCCAAAAUGUGGAUGUCUCAUAGUACACGAAAGCAGUAGACAACUUCUAGACUUGUGUAUCACUCAAAAAUGCCCACAAAAUAGAGAUGAAUUUUAACUUUUAAGCUUGAAAGUUAGGUACCGUCUAGGAAAUUACACAUUUUUUUUUUGAGGUAGAGAUGGGUGUGUAACUAUUAAAAAUGUGUCACUGGUUUCCAAAAAGAAACCCUGAACAAUGUUAUCUGAAUGUUUUGUUCCCAGACAGUCUCUGGCUGAUGCUGCUUUGCCUGAUGUAAAUAUAGUGAAUCUCAGUCUCUGGGACAUGCUGAAUAGCAAAUCAUCCCAAAUCCUCAAGCACUCAGUCUAGUGAAGAUGUCAUUAUGUAUAAUAAAAAACUAGUUGGAUUAAUUAUGUGAUGUUAACUAUUAUUAAUAAAUUUUAACAUUUCUCAAAAUA